AUGGCACGACCACUUACAGACGCGGAGAGAGCCCGUGUUCGGGCUCACAUGGAUUUUCUUGACAGGGCUAUGGCCGUUAUCAGAGAGUCAGAGUUCGAUCCCGACAAGGUCAAUGCUGCUCACAAGGCGGCUGCCAGGGCGUAUCCCGUUAGCAAAGGAAUGUUCCAGGCUUAUAGCGCAGAGGUCCUGAUAGAAGUGGCUGACCCCCUGAGGGUGUUGAAAAACUUGUGUAAUAUCCUCAAACCAGACGCGUCUUGGGGUCUGGCCAUGUACCGUGCCUGGUACAACGACGAUGCGGCUUGGCAUCGUAUACUUUCUGUGCUCCGCCGAGAUAUCGAGUCAUCACUAGCAUCCAAGUUCGAAGGAGCAGGUCCCGAGAAGAUCCGCGAGCAUUUCCAUAGCUGGGCUGUAGAUGAGCUACAACGUAACUGGCGUGCCGAUCGCGAGCCCGCGACCAAGGACGAAAUAACUGGCGCAGCCGGCAGUCCGGAUUAUCUGCACUGUGCUGGAUCUCGCUACAAUUUCUUUCUUCUUGUUGACGACAUCUGCCUCGAAUCCAUUGAGAUGAUGAACGAGCCCGUGUUCAAGCUCGUCAAGGGAAACUGGGCGCCCGACAGCAAAGGAGACGAAGCUGCGGAAGACGAGAAGUUUGACUGGGAGGGCAGAGGAAUAAAUAGCGUUCAUGAAGACGUCGGUUGGAUGUACGUCGACGCCAGUGACUACGUUGAUGUUCAGGACCAGUUGCAGGAGGAUGGUUUCUGGCCGGAAUUGUAUGUAAGGCCGUCGCUCAUGCGCUGGUGGAAGGUUUCAACAGGGCGCCUGGUUUCUGACGACGGAACGCAUAUUCUGCAUAGAUAA